CUAUCAUCGACGAACACGCAAUAUAUCCCACUUGGAUAUUAUCAGUUGUGCGGCGUUGUCAUCUACGUCUUCCAUAAUGAACGACUGAAAGACAAAAUCAGUGAUGUAGGGUUUGGGGACUGUCGAGUGGGCGCGAUGAGCGGAACUCUAGCGAAUAAAGGAGGAGUGGCGUAUCGAAUGAAGAUAUACGACUCCACCGUGUGUUUUGUAGUUAGCCAUUUAGCAGCACAUCAACACUUCUUGGAGCGGCGAUAUCAAGAUUGGACCGAAAUUUCGAAGAUGAAGAUCACAUACUUAGACACGCAGACAUCACAGCCCAAGAAAGUAGGGUUAUUAGACCACGACGUAGUAGUCUGGAUGGGGGACUUAAACUUCCGCAUUGAUUUGAGUGACGGUGACGUCCGCAAAUUACUGCGAACAAAGAAUUACAUUGAACUUGCCAAAAAGGAUCAACUUCUUACGGCCAUGAAGAAGAAAAUCAUCUUCCAGAAAUUCAAUGAAGCUUCAUUAACUUUUGCACCAACGUUUAAAGUGAAAAUAGGAGAGGAGGACUGCGUCUAUGAGGAGAAUCGGAUCCCGUCAUGGUGUGACCGGGUCUUAUGGAAAUGUGAGAAUGGGCAUUAUGUCCAGUCGAUGUCAUAUAUGAGUCACGAGAUCUAUACCAGCGACCACAAACCAGUGAGUUCGAUACUUUCAUUAAACCUUCAAGAGAUCGACCACAACAAGAAGACUGAAGUGCUCACUUACUUAGAAAAAGUUGCGAUGAAAUAUGAAGAGACGACACGGCCGAAUGUUCAUGUAGAGAACGAUGAGAUUCUUUUUGAAGGGGUUGAGUUGUUUGCGACGUACACGAAGACGGUGACGCUCAAAAAUUGUGGGAAGUUUGGGGUCUCCUAUGAAUUUGAAGAGACGGAGGAUUGUAUCUACACUCACGACUGGUUAACUAUCAAACAAUGUGAAGGGUUUAUCGACAUCUUGGAGGGUCGCGACUCUAUUAAAAUCCCUUUGACUGUUUGUAUUACUGAAGAGAUCGCUUGGAUGAGCCAAGACCGGAAUUUCAUGACUCAAGAGCUUUGGGUGCGUCUUGGGGAUGGGAAAGAGCGGAUCAAAUUCACGGUGAGGGUUCGAAGUAGGGUUUCCUUAAUUGGCAUGCGAUUGGAAACGUUGAAUCGAUUGGCAAAACCACUGAUUGGAAACUCGAAGAUGGUUAUGAAGAAGAUUCCCUUUCAAGUACCUAAGGAGAUCUAUAGACUAGUUGAUUGGAUAUAUAAGAAAUAUAGUGUUGGGUGUUUUGAAAGAGGAGAAACUAAAUACACGAAAGAGGAAAUGAAGAGUCUAGUUGACGUCUUGAGCUUAAACGCUGAAUUUCAGAGCGAACGAGUCGGGCUGUGUUGCGAGUGCUUACUCUUCUUUUUGGCGAAUUUGCACGACGCAAUAGUGUCGAUCGAGUGCGGCAUCAUCGACAACGAUAUGUUACUCAUGCAGAAAAUUAAGUUCCAAACGCCUGACGAACAGAGAAUACUUUUUUUGUAUAUCCUUUGUUUCUGUAAGAAGCUGAUUGAAUUGGGGGAAAAGUUAGAGACAAUCUCAUCGCGUUUCACAAAGGCAUUGUUUAGAGACGCCGAUCAAGUCACUCUCAAAAAGCUCAAAAAAUUUAUAGAAAGAUUGUUAAUAGGAAAGGAUCAAUUCUCUUUAUCAAUUUACCAAAACUAA